AUGAUUUACAGGUCACCUUACGAGGACAUCUACAUACCUGAAUGCAAUAUCUUGUCUUACUUAUUUCCACGGACGCCAGCUUGCUCGAAGCCUCUGUGGAUCGACGCCAAAUGUCCAGGCAAAAGCCUGUCGCGUGCUGAUAUGCUACUCUGGAUCAAGAGGUUCGCAGUCGGCUUGGACAAUCUGGGUAUCGGACCGGAUGAGGCAGUAAUGGUCUUUACCCACAAUCACCUAUAUGUCCCGGUGAUAUAUCUGGGAGCGUCAGGUUCAGGGAGAUAUUACACGGGAGCUAAUCCGGCUUACACUACGGACGAGCUCGCCUACCAGAUGUCAAUUGUGAACUGUGCCGUGCUAUUAGUGCAUCCAAGUCUCUUAGCAACAGGAAUGGCGGCAGCCAGAAAAGUCGGACUCUCAACGACACGCAUUUUCCUCUUUUCCGAUGAAUACAUACCUGAAGAACAACAAGAUGUUCAAGAUUGGCGUUCAUUCCUUGCCACAGAGGAGAAUGCUGCUUCCUGGAUUUGGGAUGAGCUUGAUGGUGGAGAAGCCAAGAAGAAGAUAGCCACCAUCAACUUCUCGAGUGGGACGACAGGGCUGCCCAAGGGAGUUUGCACCACGCACCAUAACCUCAUCGCCAAUGCUUCGCAAGUUGUGUACGGUAUGUAUAGGGGCGCAACUGUAUCUGGAAUAAAAGAGAGAUGGCUGGCUGCCUUGCCAUUGUAUCAUGCCUUCUCUCAAUUAUAUACAAUCAAUGUCGCCUGUCGGCUCGAGAUACCUGUCUAUAUCAUGGACAAGUUCGUCUUGUCGACGUUCCUAGCCAAUAUUGAGCGGUACCAAAUCACCACAAUACAGACGGUGCCCCCUGUACUAGCCAUGAUCUCGAAGAGUCCUGAUACACCCAAAUACAAUAUAACUAGUCUGAAAAAUGUCAUGGUGGGUGCUGCGCAAAUAUCGCUCGAGCUCCAACUCAAUCUCAUGCAAAAAUUUGGGUUCUUCAUUUCCCGCGGCUGGGGUAUGACUGAAACCACCUGCGUAGGGACAAAGCUGCCGAUAAAUACGCGGUACGACCAUAACAGUAUUGGUUAUCUGUUGCCAAAUACAGAAGCAAAGAUCGUGGACGAAAACAAUCAGGAGAUCGAACGAGGGCCGGGCGAACUCUGGGUGCGUGGCCCUCAGAUGAUGCUAGGUUACUGGAAGAAUGAGAAUGCUACUAAGGACACUUAUUCUGACGGUGGUUGGUUGAGGACUGGUGAUAUUGUCAUUGUCAAGGAUAACCUUUGGUGGAUCGUAGACCGCAAAAAGGAGCUGAUCAAGGUGAACGGGUUACAAGUGGCCCCAGCCGAGCUUGAGGCCAUUCUGCUGCAGAUGGAGUCGAUCUCUGACGCCGCUGUCGUUGGUAUUCUGCUCGACGGAAGGGAGCUUCCACGUGCAUACGUUGUCCUGUCUCCCGGCGAGCGAGACGACAGAACAAAAGAGCGAGAAGUCCAGGAGUUCGUGGCCCGAAAGGUGGCCAAGCAUAAACGGCUUCAAGGAGGAGUGGCAUUCAAAGAAAAGAUUCCCAGACUUUUGAGCGGCAAGAUAAUGAGAAGUGCUGUUCGUGAAUGGGCUAAGAUGGACGCAAAAGCGUGGAACAAAGAUCAUUCUCGACUGUAA